AGCCUCCGCUCUCUGCAGAUAGAGAGAGAUCGGGGAGAGAGAAAAUGGCAGUACCGAGGCGCAAUGGACUGAGGGAAGAAGACGAAGAAGACGAAGCUCUCUUCGAAGAAGACGACGGUUUGGUUCUUCUACCCGAGUCCGACACCCCUCCCCACCUCCGUGACCUCGCCGCCGCCGCCGAGCUCGGCGACCUCGCCGCCCUCCGCCGGGCCCUAGAUAAUUUGGGUGGCAGCAUCGAUGAACCAGUGGAAGAUGGGGACACUGCCCUUCAUCUUACCUGUCUCUAUGGCUAUCUGCCUUGUGUCCAGUUAUUGUUGGAAAGAGGAGCUAGCUUGGAGGCUAAGGAUGAAGACGGUGGGAUUCCUCUCCAUGAUGCAUGUGCAGGAGGAUUUACAGAGAUAGUUGAACUUCUGAUCCACAGCACCAGCGAUCCGGAGUGUGUGAAAAGAAUUCUAGAAUCAGUUGACGUGGAAGGGGAUACACCUCUGCAUCAUGCGGCUAGAGGCGAACAUGUGGAUGUUAUAAGAUUGUUGCUGGCUGCUGGUGCUUCUCCUACAAAGACAAAUAUAUAUGGAAAGACCCCAAGUGAGCUAGCUGAUCCAGACACGGAAGCUAGGAGAAUCCUAGGAGCAGCCGCCAUUGAUAUGCCAUGCCAACAGUCUUAACUUAUAAUUAUUGAAGAUAUAUUGAAUUUUGAUUUGGUUGCGGCCAUUGUUUCUGUUCACCUUUCUUAUGUAAUGGGUAGACAUUUGUUUUAUAGAUGUUGAUCAGUUUUUGUUAUCAAACAGUUUGAGAACUUGGAGGAAGUUGGGGUUUUGCUUCACUUGAACCCCUGUUCUGCAUUACUUUUAUCAGUGUCCUCGCUG